AUGGCGGACGAAGAGGCCGAGCAGGAUCGCUGCGCAGAGAGCGCAACCAGUGCAGCGAUUGUGGCUCUUCGAGAGCGGCUGCAGGAAUUAGCUACAGCUUUGAAGGACAGCCCGGAUACUCCAGAGCAAUCCGCCUCUCAGUAUUGCCAGGAUUUCUGCCAGACUCUGGUGGAGUAUGCUGGCCGUUGGAGGAUCGAGCAGGAGCCUCUGCCUCUGGUUGAAGUGUACACAGUGGCCCUGCUUAGCUACGCACGUGCCGCACCCUCCCUUUCCCCACAGUGUGAAAAUGUGUCCCUUGUACUUGAACGGCUGACCCUGAGCUGUGUGGAGCUGCUGCUCUCGUUACCUGAGCAUGUCCCAGUUGCAUUGUGGGAGCAGUUCCAGUCGUCUGUGCAGGCAGCCCAUGAAUUGCUGCAGGAGAAAGGGAUCUCUCAGCUGCAAAUGCUGUACGCUGUGGCACAGGAGAAAGGUGUAUGGAGCCAUGCAAUGCUGCAUGGUAUCUUCUCCAAGGAAACGCCCGAAACAGAAAAGGUUCAAGAGUUCCUGGCACUGGAAGGACCAGUUCUCCUCGAAAUGCGAAUCAAGCACCUUAUUAAAGAAAACCAGCUUGAGAAGGCUGCCCUGCUAGCAAAGGAAUGCUCUGAAUAUCCUGGUUUUGAAGGAAAAGGCCACUUUAAACAGACCUAUCUGGUCUGUCUGUGUGGAACAGUGCCUCAGGAACCUCUGAUGCAGGAGAUAUCCAAAGUGGACUGCCGAGACGCUCUGGAAAUGAUCUGUAACCUGGAGUCGGACGGGGAUGAGAAAGGGGCCCUCUGCUUGUGCUCCGCGUUUCUGACGCGGCAGCUUCUCCAGGGGGACAUGUACUGCGCCUGGGAGCUUACGCUGUUUUGGAGCAAGUUGCUGAAGCGACUAGAGUCAUCAGUACAGGCGUUCCUGGAUAGAUGUCGACAAAUGUCAUCGCUUUCUAAAACGGUCUACCACAUCCUGUUCCUUAUUAAGGUCAUCCAGUCUGAGAUGGAAGAUGUGGGGCUUCCUGUGUGCAUUGAGUUGUGCAUAAGAGCACUGCAAAUGGAAUCAGAUGACAGUGCAAACACCAAAGCCACCAUUUGCAAAACCAUCUUGUGCUUGUUACCCUCUGAUCUGGAAGUGAAGCGGGCCUGCCAGCUGACUGAAUUCCUUCUGGAGCCCACAGUGGAUUCAUACUAUGCUGUGGAAACGCUCUAUAACGAGCCCGACCAGAAGUUUGAAGAAGAGAGUCUCCCUGUACCCAAUUCCCUACGCUGCGAACUGUUGCUAGUAUUUAAGACGCAAUGGCCGUUUGACCCCGAGUUCUGGGACUGGAAGACCCUAAAGAGACAUUGCCUGGCUCUGAUGGGCGAGGAGGCAUCCAUUGUGUCCUCUAUUGAUGAGCUCAAUGACGGUGAGAACCCGGAAGUUGCUGAGGAUGAGGAGCUGAUCAAAGGACACGAGGUGUACAAAGACCAGGCAGAAUCCUUCUGGGACACUACAGCGGAACUCAAUGAAAUAGAAGAUGAGAGGAAGAAAAAGCGUGAGAUCAAGAAACUAAGGGAAAAGGGGUUCAUAUCAGCAAGGUUUAGGAACUGGCAGGCCUAUAUGCAAUACUGUGUUUUAUGUGAUAAAGAGUUCCUUGGACACAGGAUUGUUAGGCAUGCACAGACGCAUGUCAAAGACGGGAUCUACAGCUGUCCUAUAUGCGCAGAAACUUUUGACUUAAAAGAUGUAUUGGUACCACAUGUGGCAUCGCAUGUAAAGCAGUCGUGCAAAGAACGGCUUGCUGCCAUGAAAACAAGUAAGAAGUUGGCAAAUUCAAAAACCGGUAUUCCUAAUUCUGCCAUCGAAAAGAAUGUUGAAAGGCUGGACCGGAAGCCUAAGAUGACAGAUGGACCUGACAUUUUUCUAGAUCGUAACAUCAGUGGCAGUCUUGAGGCAUUCACUGCCAAGAAUGACCUCUCUGCUCUCAAGGUGGAAAAUGCAGAUGAAUACACAUGCCCUGUCGUCAACUGUAGAAAGGGUUUCAAGUACUACAGGAACCUGAUAGCCCAUGUGAAGGCACACCGAAAUAAUGAUGAGGCUACGCGUUAUCUGGAAAUGCAGAGCAAAAAGGUGGUUUGUCAGUAUUGCCGUCGACAAUUUGUUAGUGUUGCCCACCUCAAUGACCACCUGCAAGUCCACUGUGGCAUCAGGCCAUACAUUUGCAUACAGCUGAAUUGUAAGGCCAGCUUUCUUUCCAAUACUGAGCUUCUUGUUCACAGAAAGGAACAUGCCAUGUUUAAGGCCAGGUGCAUGUUCCCCAACUGUGGGAAGAUUUUCCAUGAAGCCUACAUGCUGUAUGAUCAUGAAGCGCAGCACUACAAUACCUUCACCUGCAAAGCUCCCAGCUGUGGUAAAUUAUUCCAUAGUCAGUCUCAACUGGAUCUACACCAGGAAGAACAUGUUUCAAAACCGGAGGAACCCAUCAACUCUGAGGGCCAAACUCAAUCAUUAGUCAAGACUGAACCUCCAUCUGGUUCUCUUAUGGAACUAAACCACUCUGCCUUUAUGGCCUCAGAACUGCUUGAUAAUGAUUCUUUCCAUCUGCAAGAUGUCGUUGAACAGAGUGGAUCAAGCUCAGCUGAUGAUACUCCCUCAUACCUUCCAGGACAGGUUAAAGUGAAACAUUCAGUUGAGAGCAUGCUGAACCAAGCUCAGGGUCUCUUGCAGGAGUCAGAGCACAUCAUGGCUUUCAAGACCGAGCUUCCAGAUGAAAUGCAGCAAGCAUUCCCUUUGCCGUGCCCUGACGGCUCUGGCAUCCAGUCUUCUGUGAGCACCCAGUCAUCUGACUCAAUUCAGCCCGAGUUGGGGGACUCUUCUGUGCCCUCUCUUCUGCAUGACCCGAGGAACACAGUUGCCCACCCAUGUGUUAUACAAGGCACUCAUCCCUCAUCAUGCUCAACCAUGUUACAGGGCCAGGGCCAGGCCCAGUUAAUGUUUCCGCAUGAUCACAAUCAAGAUGGAAAUGCUGAAAGAAACAUAGGUAGCUCUGAAUGCAGAGGGACAGUGCCUGUACAACAUCCAGGCUCAUUUCUGCAGACCCACCAAUCUACUAACAAGACCCCACUCCAUAUGUCCACUAUAAUGGCUGGGAUUCCUCCAUGCGUUACCCCUCAGGCAGUUCUUCCACAGUCCACUCCUCUAUCAGUGGGACUGACUGGGACAGCCGGUACAGUUUCACAUACUCCAUGCAACAGCAAUGUUGUACCACCUGAAGGUGAAAAGGAGAGACACAAUUGUGCAUUUGAAAUGUGUACUAGAAACUACAGCUCCUACAGGAGUGUCACAAAGCACAUGAAAGCAGCACAUCCUGAGUUUUAUGUAGAAUGGAAAUUAGCCAAGAGGAACAAUAAAACCCUCAAGCCCAGUACACAGACUGUGACAACUGGAGUGAAGCUCAAUUCAGUCAUACAAUCCCGAGAUAAUAGCCGAAACAGCGGUCCUGUCCCUUUAGUACAAACACAGAACAUAGCCAGCCAGUCUCUGCAGUACUCAACAGGGGGCACACACCCUACUGUUGCAAAUCAGUCAUUUUCCACACAUUCUGCUGCUGUCACAAACCAGGCUUUAACUAAUCAAUUGGAAAACAUAUUGAAUCCCAUAUUGCUGUCCCAGUUGGGAAGUUCUCCAAAUCAAACCAGUUCAGUGCAGGCACAAAUUGGGCCUAGUUUGCCAUGGACUGCACAGCCUGGGAACAAUCCAGAUCUUUCCCAGCAGGCUGGCUGUCCUUCUCACUUGAUGCCCUCACACAUGCAAGGUCUUUCCAAUCAACCUUUCUCUUCCCAUUUGAACACAUCCACUACUGGGCAAAGGUCAGAUACGCAGCAUAGUGGCCAGCCGGCAUUACAAAACCAACACAUUGAGUCCACUGAUCCCUUCCUGCAGUCACACAUAGACAAUAGCGCUAGACUUUCGGAACCGAUGUCGGGAGAACAUUUGCGUCCCUCAGAUUUCACUGCAAACAUUAGUCCAGGUACACCAACCCAAAUGGACAUUACAAACAGAGGGUUUGGGCACAUUGAAUCAUCCAGUCAGAUCAUUGCAUCGAAUAUGGAGGGACUAGCUAACUCCCUGUUAACAUCAGCUAUGGAUAACAUACCGCAUCCUGCGCUGCCUUCUUACUUGGAUAGUCUGAAGGACCCAGUCUUACCAGAUCAGCUUGAAAGUUCUGCAAAUUCUUUGUUCCAGUCCCAGAAUCAAAACAGUCCAUAUUCAAAUUUUAACAACAUGCAGUCAGAUUAUCCUGCCCAAGGAAAUUCCAAUUUGCAGACAAGCACAGAUCCCGUCCUUCCUGAAAAUAUGAACACAUCAAGAAUGGAUGCCAUAAAUCCAACUGUUACAAGAACAAAGCGUAACAAAAGAGCAAAGUGGCCUGCUAUCAUCAAAGAUGGGAAGUUUAUCUGCUGCAGAUGUUUUAGAGAAUUCCCAAGCCCCAAAUCACUUGGUGGUCAUUUGUCAAAGCGUUCUCACUGCAAAGCAUUUGAUGAAACUGACCUGACUGCAGAUUUGCCAACAUCAUUUCUUGAUCUUCUUAAUUCACCACAUGUUUUGAAUGCUCACCAGCAACCAGUAGCUUCUAAUUUCAACCCUAAUUCAGUUAUUAAAGAACAUUCUAGUCAGUCUCUAGGUACUGGCCCAUUAGAACCUAGGUUCUUUCCUAAUGUUACUUUUCCUCAAGCUAAUGGUUCAACUUACACAAAUGAUGGUGAAGAAAAUGACGAGAUUCUGAAGCAAGUCCUGGACAAUCCAAGCAUUCCAAACCUCUUUGAGCCUUCUGGAAUUCCACAGCAGUCCUUCCAGAAUCCCUGUAGUUCAUAUUCAACCGACAGUUGUUUACCAGAAAGCACAGUUAUACAACACACUGGAAAUAUCCAAAUUAAGACAGAGAGUGAACCCCACAGGGAGGAUUUCAUGAAGUCGAGCUUUAGCAGUAAUGACUUUUCUGAUCCUCUUCUUUCUCAAAUUUUGGCAGAAAACAACACUGCAGUUUCAUUGAAUAGUCUACCUACAGACCAUUUAAAUCAGAUACUCAGAGCUGAAACUCUGAUGAAAAUGAGGGAACAGAAGGGGAAUGAAGAAGAAACCCAGACGGGUGGACUUUCAAAUGACGGUCUUCUGGCUGCAAUGGCCAGUCUGGCACAAAAUCUCAUGACAAAUCCUUUGCUGCAGAUCACCUCACCUGACCCUCAAAAACCUCCGCUGAUGCCAAGGAGCCCACAAAGCGAUUCCUUGAAGUCUGAGAAGAAUGUCAAGAAGAAAUUACGUGAGCAGAUUUUAGCUGGAGACAUCUGCAGACGAGGCAGUUUAUCUCAGGCAACCAGCGUUGAUGCAAAUGCUAGCCUGAAGAACCUUGAUUUACAGGAAACCCCAGCUGCUGUCCACAGAGCUUUAAGUGGCAGUCAGAGAUCUGAGCCAUGUAAGGUGAUUCAGAUGCCCUCUAGUGGUGAGAAAGGUGCUGACCUAAACAGCUGUAUAGCCACAUCUAUGCCCAUUCCUCAGAGUGAUGGGGUGUUGCCAAUAUCAAGUUCUUCACUGCCUCCUGAAGCAUCUGUUUCUGGAGCCACUGUGACCAAUGAUCCCGAUCCAGGAGCAGAUCUGUUACCCGCAAAUGAAGAGAAAAUAAUCCUUGAAAUUCAAAGAGCUUUAGAGAAGCUUGAUUUAAGCAUGGAAAUGACUGAAGACAUUCAAGUGGUGAAUACUUCUUCAGUCAGUAAUCCCACUGGCAAUGAUGCCAUCUCAAAUAAUGUUGAAUCGGUGGUGGCGAAUACCAGUAUUGCAAAUGAUGUGCAGGUUGUUGAAGAUUUUGUGAAGCCAUUUGCAUGUGAAAAUGAAGGCUGCAAUUACAGGGCCAUGACAAAAGAUGCACUUUUCAAACAUCUCAUCAAAACCCAUAAUUACACAGAUGAAAUGAUUGUUGAAAUCAAGAAAAACCAUGGAAAGUUUGCACCCUUUCGCUGUCAGAUGUGUAGUAAGACAUUCACCAGAAACUCAAACCUUAGGGCACAUUGUCAAACGGUUCACAGCUUGUCCCAUGAGGAGAUGGUCAAGCUGAAAAUAAAACGUCAGUAUAACAAAAAAACUGAGAAGUUUGAGUUGGAAGUGAGCAAUCGGCAAAUCAGUGCAGUAAAAACUAAUCCCAUGUGUGUUCAAAAUGUCAGCACCUCAAACCCUGCUCCAGUGAAUGAGAGCUUAAUGCAACAGUACAUGUCUGCAGAUGGAAGACCUGAGCGAUUAAAUGUGGCCUCAGUUCAAAAUGCUGUUUAUGGACAGGGGUGGAUAAAACAAGAGUAUCCUUCAUCAGCUUUUGAGCAGUGUUCCACAAGCCUAGCUGUUCCAGAAUUAUCUCAAGAGGACGUCCUCUCAGUUUGUCUGCCAGUGCAGCAAACGCAAGGAAUGUCCAAUAAUUUUUCAACAGGGGUGCAAGCUCUACCGGCAAUGACUAUGACUGGAUACCACAUGCAGGGUCAAGCCACGGCGUAUGCUCCUGCUACUGAACAGUCUUCACAUGGACAGCAUGCCUCGGGGCCUUCAAUUCCCAGCCAGUGCCUAGCAGUGCCACAAAGUGGGGGAUUUUUACCUGCUGUAAGCACACCUAUGACGCAUGUUUCAACUGGGCUCUCUCAAGCAGACCCAGUUUUGAGUGGGACUCUCUCUCCCGAUAGAACCAAGAGGCCUAAAGUCUGUAAGCCAAGAAUUACAAAACUUAAAGUUGAGAAAUCUGAUGUUGAAAUCCCCAAAAAACCUAACCAAAAAAGGCCCGUGGCUAAGACUAGUGAGGCAGAUGAGGGUUUUAGCCCCUACAGGCCGUACCGCUGUGUCCACCAGGGAUGCACUGCAGCUUUUACCAUCCAGCAUAAUUUAAUUCUCCAUUACAGAGCUGUUCAUCAGUCUGCUUUGCCUAAAUUUGAAGAGAAUGCUGAAGACGAAGAGGAAAAUGAGCAGGAUAAUCAGCAGGAGGAAGUCAAAGAGGACCACGAAGCUGCGGCUAGUGAUGUGGCUCAGGUGAAUGAAUUUAGAUGUCAGGUCAAGGACUGCUCCAGGAUAUUCCAAAUGGUGACAAGCCUUUUACAGCAUUAUCUUCAGCUGCACAAAUUCACCCUGGAUAAGGCCGGUGCUCUGAUGUCCACCAUCAACCUGGGGAGAUUCCAGUGUGAUCAGCCAGACUGCCCUGCAUUCUUCACUGCAUUUUGGAAGUACAUUGGACAUAUUGAAAAUGAUCACAAAGAGACAAAGGUGUCCAAGGUUGAACCUGUGGAAGGUCUAUAUAGGUGCGAGGUUGAUGGCUGUGACCGCGGUUAUGCAACACGAUCAAAUCUUCUGCGACACACCAUGAAAAAGCACCAGGAUCUUUAUAAACUCCAGCUCAUGACGCAAAGGAAGAAUCAAGAGAGAGAGAAACUUUGUCCUAAGAAGUCCCAGCUUGGUCCUGUUAAGAAUACUAAUGGGAAAGAGAACAUGCAGGACAACAAAAAAACAAUCCAAAAGGGUUAUGAGAAAAAGAAAAGUGAUGAAGAAAAAAGUAACCACUGGACAAAGUAUGGAAAGCCCUCUUUGAAAUCCAAGGAAGAAGCCUCAGCAAUGUGCACCAAGAAGUUCCCCUUGCAAUACCCCUGCAUGAUAAAGGGAUGCGAGUCAGUAGUGAGUUCAGAGCGGAACAUACUGAGACAUUACAUCAGACAUGGACUCUCUGAGCGAUACCUGGAGGAGCAGAGGAGCCACUUCAUAUUCUGCAAGAAGUUACCACGUUCCUGGUACAGAGAUCGGUCUUCCAGGAGCGAGGAUUCAGAAAAGUCAGAGGAGAGUUCAAUAGAAUCAUCAGAGAAUGAAGACCUGGAUGAGAUGGACCAUAGAGGGAGCGACACAGAGAGUUCAAAACCCACCUCAGGGAGGGAGGAACCAGAGCUGUCUGAUGCCAAGCAGUCCACUGACGAAAGCUCUGAAUCCAAAUCUGUCGCCUCAAUUGUGGUCAAGCGGAAAAGAGGGCGGCCGAGGAAGAUGACCCAUGAGGAGCCAGUUGCUCACAGAAGGACAGAAAGAUUGAGGGUAACGAGGAGCAACACAAUCCACCAUGUUGGUAAUGGGUCAGACACCUGCAACACUGCCGCAACCCAAGAAAAGCAAUCUGAUCAAAACAUGGCACUGAACUCCUUUAAGCCCAUGGGGUUUGAGGUGUCUUUCCUGAAGUUCCUGGAGGAAUCGACACAGUCCGCACGACCUCCAAAGAGGCAAAACAGUGAUGACAUCUCAGGCGAGAUGGCACUGAAACGGCAGCGUACCAUUCAACUGAAAAACGCCACGGUCUUGUGUAAAAGGUCAGAUGCAUACAUACAGCCAAGAGAUUCCCCAAAUCGUAUAGACUUCAAAAAUCCACAAAAAAUCUUAUCCUUGAGGAAUGUCAAAAUUGUGGUCGAUCAGACCUUUUCGAAGGGCACUGAUCGUUUGCUAAAGCAGCUUCAGGAAAUGCGACCUAUAGUGAUACUGCAAAAGUAGACCAUACAAAUGAGUGUUAACUGACUGGGUGAAUGUCUCCAUUUUCAAAGCAUAGUACUCAGGAUUAGAACAUGAACCUGCUGCUGACUGGUGUCCAGAAUCAAAAAUGCAUUUCGAUUGAAUAUUUUCCAACACUAAGCAACAGUCAUUUGUUAGUUAUAAAGUGGACUACAGUAAAGUUUUAAUUUUUUUAAAUAUUAAAAUUAUGAAAGUUAUUGGUUUUAAAGUUUGGGUAAAACAUUUAUUUGGCUCUUUUAUGGGAGAACCUGUACAGUUGAACUGAUCUUUUAUAGUAACUAUGUAAUGUGUAGGAAAUCAAUACUGUAAAGCAUGUUUGUAUUUAUGAAGCUUCUCAUGAAAUUAUGUUGCCUUUGCAAAAUGAAAACUUAGAAAAUGACUCAAGUCAUUACAUUUUUAUAUAUCCCCAUGGGACUUAUUUUGUUCUGUUAGCAAUUGGACAUGGUGUUGUGUAUAGUUUGUGAUUUGUUGUUCUUGUAAACCUUACUUUGUAAAUGUAAAAAAACUGUAGAUAAUUGUGUAUAUAUAGUAUUUGUUCUUUAAAGUAACUACUACCACCAGCGGUCUGUAAGUCAAUCCAUUUAAACCAUGUUUUAUUACAGCUUG